CAAAGCGUUUUGGCAACAUUGUUUUGUUUUGGUUGAAUAUAUUUCCCGCCACGUGAGAUGCCUCCGAGACGAUCUUCUCGACAAGUCAGCAAUGAAUCGGAGAAUUUGCCUGAACAGGACACACAACAGCUCAACAGCAAGGAAAACAACCAGUGGAUAUGUUUCCUGAAUAAUACAGUACUCGAUAUUGACCCCAACAAUGAGAGCAGGACAACAUUCUGCCGACUACGACACCCCAGAACAGAAAAGGGUGCCAUGUUUCUCUUUGCUAAUAAUGACAGAGAUGUGUUCGAGGUCUCUGUGUUCUCGGAGGAUUGCCGAUCGUGGUUGGUUGAUAACUCAGUACAGCAGGAUGGCAGUCUAUACAUCACUACCCCAGUAGAUUGCCUGUUUCUUGUCCUCCCGUACCUUCUAAAGGUGAAAGAAAAAGGAAUGUAUAUGACCCUGGAUCAGAUUGUGAGCGACUCAGAUUACCCAGAAUGCCACAGACUUGUGAACACUUCAGGAACUUCAGAGCUGCAUCACAUAGCCGAUAUCAAAGGAAGUGAUGAUUUACAAGCUUAUAGAUACAGUGAAGAGAAGUCGUUGUCAUGGUUACAGUCAAAGACUGAGCGUUUAGCUGAAAAACUAUCAGAGAGGGGGAUAUGUGUGUCGGGGGCACAGAGCUCUACGUAUAUCAGAACAAAACGUGCUGCAACAGCAUCACAAGAAGAUUACAUUAGAUAUGCUUUUGGAAUGAUCUGUGACUAUUUGCCAGCAGAGAUUGGAGAAAAAUUCAGAGAAUAUAUGAAAAUCCCUAUAGUUGUGGAAAAGAAAGAAAAUGAACCUCCAUCUAAGAAAGUAAAGCUGGAUGAUAUUACUCCAACAGAGGACUACAGUCAGGGCAGGACCGAGGACAAAUCAGCCAAAGCCAGUAAGCUAACAGCCGGCCAGAAGAAACUCAGUAAGAUAGAUAAGUCUGGGAUGAAAUCGCUAGCUAGCUUCUUCUCUCCAAAAGCAAAGUCUUGAUAUGAAUUAGAAACUGGAAAGAAAAGAGAGAAUUUGUUCCCGACAUCAGCCUAGUGGUGCACAGGUGGUUGGUGCAAAAGACAUCUGGAACAACCAUAAGUUCUUGGAUUGUUUUUGUUUUUGUACAAAUUAGUUGACCUGUGUUUGUUAGUGUGUUCAUAUAUGGCAAUUAAACGUUCAAAAUGAA